CACGAAUAAAGAGAGGCCACGAGGGGUGUCGCUAUUUUUGCCCUUAAACGCGACGGUAUACCGUGGUUCCGCAUUACGCGAUGGAACAGCCGACGAGAUAAUACCUGGGAAGGGAGUUCGACCUCGGUGUUCCACGGGUUUUAAAGCGCUCCCUAUGGUGGUGAGACGGGGAAGGAAAGUUCGAGAGAGGAAACGGCGCACGGACAGGGUGAAGAUGGCCUCGAAGGAAAGGGCCGAAUCGAUACCGCUAACUGUUUUAAACGCGGACAUACCUGGCUGGCUGACUUCACGUGGCUGUUUUCUAUGUCAACACAGCAAUAUUGAAGCAGGUCGUUCCUGCUGUUGCCACAUACGUCAGUCACAGCUCUACCGGUGGAUAAUUAACCCUGCGGUUUACAUUACGACACCUCUAUCGUCUCGCGUCACUCUGCCACCGUUCUUUGCUGUCGUUUUUCAGAAGCCGAGGACGCUAUGUACAGUGACGUUGGAAAUACCUUUGCUAGUGAUAUGAUUCCAUUCCGACUCUUGGUCAUGUUAAUUAAUUCGAGUUGUUGGGAAAUUAUGCCAGAACAUUUGUGUAAUUCGUUCGUUUGCUUUCGUGACAAAGCUUUUUGAAGCUUUAGGAUAUACAAGAAAUAAUCUGUCCUUAGCUACUACUUUUAUUGUAGAUUUGCUUUCACGUUCGGAAAUAAUGAGCUUGCGGACGAUACUGUUGAUUUA